CAGAGUCAAAUAAUGUUAGAUCGUUAAAUAAUUUAUGAUAGUAAAGAAGAAAUCAACGGAUAAAAAUGAUAUUAAUUGGAAAGUAUAAUGCAAAUAGACAAUCAAAGUUAGUGAAGUGUUUUUUUAUCCAUUAUAUUCUUUCGAAUUCAAAGGUCGGAACAAUUACCGACGUAACGUACUUUACUGAUCUAGAACAAUUUAAAAUCUGAGCACAUAAAAUAUUCAGUGAUGUUUUUUUAAUUGAUAAUUAAUUGAUUUAGGUGUGAUAAUAUGAAACGAGUGUUAUGAGUACAUACAUUAUAACUCUGGAUUUUGCCAAGGGAUCAAGAGCAAGAAAACUGCCUCGACCAGUUCGUCGGGGAAGCCUUGACCGUUCACUCUACCUGUCAUCCGGUUAGAAAACGCUUCAAUUCGCACUACGUAACUCAUAUGGAAUUUACGAGUCCUACUGCGUGAAGGCAUCAAUCAGGAGUAUCUUUGUCCUGUCUUGUUUCAGCGGGAAUUUUAUAGGCGGAUGCUGGAGCGGACGAACGUCAUCGUGAAUAAAAACAAGGAAUAAGAAAAUGACCCGUCGGCUGACUUUAUUGCCUCGAAAAAAGGAUAAUUCUUAUAAUAGUGGCAUUCGUGGGUCACUGGUGAUGCAUGUUUCGCGGAAAUGUGCAGACAUGGUCGACGACGAAAAUAGCAGACGCUUUGUCAUGGUGAUCAAUACCGAAGAAAAAAUUAAGGAAGGAAAUGUAAGAAACCGCGACCAGAAGUUCUUGAGUUCAAGACGCAUUUAUCUCGAUUUCCUCCUUCGCUCUCGGCGUCGCUGCGAUUUACAUUCAUCCUUGAUGCAAGGAGGUCGAACAAUUAGCAGAUGUUCUUUAAAACCUAACACGACCUCCAGCGAGGAUCAAAACAGGAUCAACGACUACACAAGUCGGAACCAGAAGACAGUCUGAUCUUUUUAUGACCAUAAUUAU